GUAAAAUGAUAAUUGCAGCUGUUGUAUUCUUAUUAUCAGCGAACUCCGUUUGCAAUGCGAUAAGAGAUGUGUGUUAAACGUGUGUUAGACGUGUCACAACCCAAGUAAACAGUUCCAAUUGCUUUGGGAGGAUACUAUAAUUACAGUAAUUAGUUUCUCUGAAACUUAGAAACCUUCAAAUAUGUUCUUCAUUUAUGAUGCUGGCGAAAAAUAGGAAAGAUUUUCACCUGCGUCUAACAAUUUCUUCCACACUGCACAAGGCUGAACAAAAACUGACUACUACAUUGUUGCACAUGCAUUUUUUCUCCUCCCUGUCUUCUCGUGUUCCGGGUCAGUCUUUGACAGUCGGCGUAAUUCAUGGAAUAUCAUUAGUGUUAACACUUUGCUGCCGGUACAGUGCCUCAGCGCCCUGCAAGGCUGAAGAGGGGGCAGCUCCGUAUCUUAAAAGUUGAACAUCUCGUCUGCUUGUCACAACACAUGCGAGAGUUUCUAUCUCUAACAACAAAUUAUCGAGCGAGGCUAAAGCCGAAUAGGCUUGUAGUAGCAAUAGGGCGGAUUUGUGCAGAUCGCGUGGCUUCGAGAAGUCGUGGAACAUGGCCUGGGCGUGAUAAUGUCCUGUUCUGACAAAUCUGAUUGAUUCAGUGGAUACUUGAUGCAAGUGUACAAGUCGUUUUACCAAAUCUGUGCAUCCCUACGCUAACAGGGGCAUUACCUAGACACACUUAUCCAAAUAGGUGCACCUGACGCCGGGCCCGUGCUGCUGACCGUCAUCGACCACGGCGAGAUCGUCAGGGAUCAUGUCAAAAUAAAACCGAUGUCAGGACGUGAUCAGCUGGCAAAGUUUCAGUCGGGUCGACGUAAGUCAGAAAUCAUAGACCUAAAACCCCGUAAAACUCCGGGCCACACGAGACCUCUAGCCUUCACAGAGGACAUACACCAUGAGGAUUUCAUGAAGAAACCGUUUCUUGGACACAGAUCAAAGAGACAGGCGGUUGGGAACUUUCUUGUCGAGACCAUCAUCAUUCUAGAUUAUCCAGUAUUUCUGUUCUGGAGUAGGAGGAACAGGAACGACAACGUCGCCACGAAGCAGGAGAUGGUGGACUACUACGCCAACAUCGUGGAAGCUGUAAACAGACGUUACGACAGUGUGACGUCACCCGGCUUCACCCUAGACAUCGUUGUCAACGCCAUCAUAAUAGCUGAGAACCCUCUCCAGUCGCCAUGGACACAGAACCUGAACGUCAGUAACCGGAUUGACGCAGACAGAGCACUGGACAGUCUGGAGGCGUUCUUGUUGAUCACAGGCGGCGUUAUAGCGGGGAUUCCCUACGAUCAUACCUUCAUUAUUACAGGAUACGAUUUGGUUCGGGGCGAAAGCACAUCCACGGCAGGUAUAGCCUCGUUCAGGGUGUGUAACGUCAGAUCAGGCUCCAUCUCGGAAGACAUCAGGAGCGAGUCGACUGCUGGCAUCAUCGCCCACGAGAUUGGGCAUGCACUCUCUGCUCUUCACGACGGUGACGGCAACAGCUGUGACGGCACCGCCAAAUUCAUCAUGGCCCCGUCCCUCGGUAUUCCCCCACGGAGCCAGGCGUCCAACCCUUGGCUCUUCUCCACCUGUUCCAUUGCCUACUUCAGAGUAUUUUUGGCCAGAUCAUCUGCAUCCUGCACGCGAACCGUGACCGGAAGUCCACUGAACUUAUCUCCCUUCCUCACUGAGCCGUUUGGUCAGAAGUACCCAGCCGAUGUACAAUGUGAGAUAUUUCUCGGAACUGGAUCAAAGCUCUGUAGGGAUCUGUAUAUGGGCGAGGAAAGGACAUUUGACGACAUGUGCAGGUCGAUGUUCUGUGACGAUCCAGGCUCUCGGUUCUGUUUCUCUAUACCCGCUCACGAUGGCACAUCCUGUGGAAAUAGAAAGUGGUGUCAGUUAGGACAAUGUGUCGUCUCGGGGGCCGCUCCUCCCACACCGGAGAACUGCCCCGCUGGAGAUGAUCCGGAUGUCCUGUGUAAUGCCAAUUCCUGCUCCACCCCGAUCUUGAGGGACUUCCUAUGCUGUGCAACAUGUAAUGGUAUUGCCACCGAGACGCCAGUGCGCACGCGCGGUUUGACGUCAGCGUCCAUCUUUGCUGUGACCAAUGCCGCUUCUGCGCUCAACUCAAGAGGGCCUACAACAGCAUCGAUGAUGCCACGGCCGACGAUGAUGUCAAGACAACCUCGUGGCAGAACAACAGUAUCAAUGUUUGAAAGACCAAGGAUGAAAAAAACAACAGCGUCAAUGUUUGACAGACCAAGGAUGAAGAAGACCACUGCAUCUGUAUUUCACUUCAGAAGGCCAGGAAGAACCACGGCCUCCAUGUUUCCUUGACUUGUUAGCAUGGGAUAAUUUAAUCUAUUUUUACACUGAACUCUCCUUAAGUACUGGAGAUCAUCGAUAAUAUCUGUUUGCAAUGUUGGAUAGUGCCGAGACAUUCUGACAUGACGAUUAAGUUUGUUCGUCUCAAACGAUAAAUAGACAUUAUGGGGAUCAUGUUAACAAGGUGUAAUGUCAAAACACAGUUGACAUUUACCAGGUGUAAUUCAGGAAAAUAUUUAAAGAUAAAGGCUGCUCGAAGUGAUUGUUUUAAAAUAUAGGUGUGGGAUUUUUACAGCAAAGUUUUAUUACUUUUGUUAGAACUAUGGCUCGGCAGAUCCGCUAACCAAAAAAUUAAAACACCUUAUUUGUUGUUUCUUCCGGUUAGUAUUGACAUGGAAUCAGACAAGUGUCAAGAAAAGCUCGAUGUUUAAUAGAGGUUCCUGAUCUUCUCAAUUACAAAACUUGUGAUUUUACACACACACACACACACACACACACACACACACACACACACGCACACGCACGCACGCACGCACUUAGCCCAGGGUUAAUGUUCAAGGAAAGUAAUGUUACUUUUCACAAUGAC